GCCAGCCCAGCCCGCAUUAGGUUACAUCCCCUCUCCGCCGCCGCGCUCUUUACUCUCCCCCCCGUCCGUCCUGCCCACUCUCCACUUCACUUCACCCGUCGUCUCGUCUGGCAGCCCAGGCCUGUGCUGUGCUGUGAAAGGUCGUAGGCAGCCUGCGCCGUCCGGCCCCGUCCUGUGCGCUCUCUCUUUCUCUCCGUCUCUCUCGCUCUCUCGCUCUCUUCCCUUAUCUUGCCCCAGCGGAGCUGACCCCAGCCCCAAGACUUUCCCCCAGACACCGUUGUCGAAACAGGCUAUUGGCUUUCCCUUCCUGGCAACUUAGGCGAGGGAACUUUUGCUCCCUCUCACCUCCUGCGCGCGUGGCUUGGCCUCCACAGCAGCGGCAGCAGCAGGCUCUCACCCUCGCCAACGUCGACGCUGGGCAACGGUGCAGCGACCCAGCCAGCCGUCGUGGGGAGAGCGCCCUAUCGAUCUCCUGUCCACAUCAGUCAACUCCCGGCGACGAAAUCGACCCUGCCCAUCCGUCUUCGCCUUACCAUUUCGAUCUGAUACGACGUCGGCCGGCCUGCUCUCGUUCUUCCGUGGUUUUGUGCCCUCAUUCGUAACGGGGCGAGUAUGGGCUCUCCUGCCGGCCUGGCAGUCCUUUCGUCCUCCGUCCCGGUCUGUUAACCCGGCUCGCCACUGCCACGAGUGAUGAAUCCUCGUGUCGGCGACUGAGCUACCCCCAACCGAGGCUCUCGACUCGUUCGAGUCUCGCCCAUCAAACUGACUGACUUCCAGCCGGCCGACCGAGCGUUCUCGCUCAGUCUGUGUGGCUCGUCGUCGUCAUGUUUAACAAUCAGUCGAAUAAGCCUCAUCCCACCGGCUAUGACAACGACACUUUCGGCUUCUCCCCACAGCCCUGGACCAGGUUCGACACAAACCAUGGCACGACAUCGUCGGCGGUACCCCCUCACCACUCUAGCCAUGGAGGCAAUCAAUCUUUCCACGCCUCCACCGACAUGGACUGGUCAACAACAUCGUCCGAAGUUCCGUCCGGCUACCAUAACGACGACGCCCAAGGUCCCAACGAAAUGGAGCUCGACAGUCUGGCGUCUGGAGGCGGCGUCGGCCGUCUGGUAGCCCAUUUCGAGAACAAAAGCUUCAACCCGUUCGAGAACAAGAGCCCUGCGCCUCCGCUCCCUCCCCGGCCCAGCCACAGCGUCCAGAUCCCUCAGCAGUCACCCCAAGUCGUCCAAAGGCCUCAGUUUGACAAUAUCGGAUAUUUUGGUUCGCACGGUACCGCCUCGAACGGCUUCAACCCCAAUCGCAUCGCGACGCCAGUCCAGAGCCCCGUCGAGUCCCAGUGGGGCUCGUUCAGCAUGCAAUCGAGGAUGAUGAGUCCUAUUGCGACCAAUUCGCCCGCCAUACCGUUCAGUGGAUUCCAGGACAAUUCUCGCGUGACCAGCCCAGGGGUCGGGCCUUCGUCUGGCCCGUUCGGGAAUCUAGAUGACUUCAUGUCCGGGAACCGAGUUCAAAGCCCAAUCGCGCCCUCGCCCAUGCCGUCGUCUCAAAUGGCACCGUCGCCGAUGAUGGCCUCUCCGUUGGUGGCGUCUCCCACGCAAACGGCACCGCCAGUGGGAGGCACGCCUGGGUUCGAGAUAUGGCGCCCCCCAGGAUCGGUUACUAUCAAGACGGAGCCUCAAACCCCCAACCCGAUCGCCAGUCCCGGCGGCUACUUCAAGCCGCCCGUACCAACGACACCGAAACCGAACAUGAACGCCGGAAACCAGUUCAUCCUUGAGUUUAACCCCACUGCCAGUGCCAAAGCCAAGGGUAAGGCUCCCGCGAAGCCUCCAAGGCCGCGGGUCUUGCCACCAGUGCCGGCACCAUUCAGUCCAGAGGUGAAGCAAGAGCCGGCAACACCGCAGCCCUCCGAUGUGCCGCCUUCAUCCACCCCUCUGUCGAAUCAGAGGCAAGGAUCGAUUACUCUCCGUGCUCAGGGUGGAACUCGACCGUCACGGGAACAGGUUCCUGCUGAGGCUUGGGAGCAAUUCAAGUCAACCAUCCGAACCCUCUAUCUCGAGGAGAGAAGACCGCUGAAAGAAGUCAUGGCUAUCAUGGCCGAAAAGUACAACUUUCAAGCAACACCAAAGAUGUACAAGACGCGAUUUUCUCAAUGGGGCUUCGUAAAGAACAACACAGAGGAGGAAGUUAAGCGGCUAUUGUCGAUGAAGUUCCAGCGCGACGCCGAGGGUAAGGUGUCCGAAUUCGUCCGAAACGGAAGGGUCGUCAACCUGGGCACAUAUCUGAAGAGGAAGGGCGUGACCGAGUACGACCUGAUCGACUUCGAGCUUCCCGCCGAUCUACCAGCCCAUGUGCGAUGCCGGACGCCGACGCCACCUCCAACACCAGGCUAUCUGCAGUCGCCGGACCUCGUGCGAGCCCAGGAACUGGUCGUUGGGAACAUGAGGAAGGCAUUCCUCCACAGCAGGCAGUUUGAGGUGGAAACGGACGCCCAGAUUGGCUGGCCCGUGACCAUGGUCUGGGGCGCGGGAUCGAGCGAUUUGCUAAUGGAGGCCAACUUUUAUUUCGAAGCCAGGGACGCCGACCAGGGCGGCCACUUCCUCAUGCGGGCGUUCAAGCAGCUGGAGCUUGACCUGAAGAAGCUCUCCCCGCUUGGCAUCAAUGAGCUCCUCCUGGGCAUGGUUCAUCGUGACCCCGGCAUGAUGACGGCGCUUUGCAAGUACCUGGCGGCGUACUCGAGCACCAACCUGGAGCGGUCGCAUCCCCUUCGACAAAUCUUCACUUGCCUGUACGAGGUUCAGCAAAAGCACGGCUCUGUGACGCUAUCGGAGCUGCUCUGGGGGAGCUUCCCGACAAUCGCGGAUGAGCUCGAGGCCAUAUAUAGCCGCCGCCACCCAUACGUUGCACGGACGUGGAUCGAUCUGGCCCUGUUUUAUAACCACGUCAACCCAGAGCGACUGGAGAAGCUCGUCAUUGAGCUGCGGGCGCUCCAGCGCCCCCUGGACCAGCGGCAUGGCACCAAUAGCGUCGAGUCGCUGACGUUGCGCUACGCCAUCCUGCAGCUGCUGUAUGCUGCAUCGCCGAACAGUGACGCGACGAAGCAUGCUGCGCAUGAUGUAUGGCACCAUAUGCGCGGCAUGGGCGUGGUGUUUCCCGUUCGCGACGCCAAACCCAACGUCUACUGCUAUCACAGCCCGGUCAAGGUGGACCCGUGGACGAAGCGAUGUCGACGACGAUACGAUUCUGGCGUCGCCAUCUUGGAGACCCAUGUUGGGGUCAAGGUACACCCGUAUUUCGAGGAAGACUUCCACACGACUGUCCAUGCGCCCGACGCUCAGGAGGCGUGGUCAUCGGCCAUCAAUCAUAUGCACUCGUCGAAAUGGUCUUUCAUUUAACCUUGUCAUUCUGCGACUAAGCGUCGCUGCUUUUGCUGAAUUGACGGCCUGGAUAAACGAGCAGAAAUCUUUAGCUGCCUGUUAAGUUUGUUGGGGUAGGGGGGCACGAUACCACACGAGAGACGGCACCAUUUGAGGCGACAGAAACCUUUUAUCCCCCGGGUGAAAAGAAAUCGCAGCGAGCAACGCGCUGCGCAUCUUGGUGUCUUUUUUUAUCAAUCAUCUCUCUCAGAGCCUGGAGUCUCGGCACAGUCGAAUGUUUUUCAUCUGCUUUGGGGGUUUUUCACCGUCAACAUUCAUCAUCUAGUAUAUCCGCCCGCUGGGUUGCUUUAUCAGGCCGGCGUUUUUGGAUGUUUAUCAUUGCCAUACAAGCGGCAUGGCGAUUGUGUAAAGUAUAAGGUGAGAUCUGGUUUUGGGCAACGCUGUCGACGUUGGUGUGGAGACAGAGGAUGAAAAGGUUGAGCGGCUGGCUGGCGAUUCACGAUGCUGACGACGCUGACGAGGAUCGAGUGGCAGGCGGGUUGCUGGUGGCGAAGAAGGAAGACGGCCUUUGAGCCAACUCAGUUGCUUUGGACGUGGAUGGAGGAGACACGAGGGGAAGAUGGGGGAAAGUGGGCUGAUGAGAUGGGAAUUGCUCCAGAAGCCGAGUCACAGGCGUGGAAAGCAAGGCAAGAGCAGCCGAGCUGUCUCUUGCCCAAACAACAUCUUAAGGCAUCUACGGCCUCGCAAACGCCAGAGGCAGCGACACAAACACAAAAUUAAUGAUGCAGAACAUCUAUGUACUGUGAGAACUUUGCCGAGCACUCAUUGCGAAUGUGACACCGCC